UUCUUUCAUUGUUUUCUUUGUAGGUUGGAUAAUAGCGACAGGUAUUUUAACGGUACUAUUGUUGAUAUACUCCAUUGCAAUGACAGUUGUUAAUAUCAGAAGGAAACCCACUGAACAACCGAAUAAACUGCCGGAAGGGAACCUUCACCCGGGACCCGAGACCAGGACAGCACCAGAACAGGUGAAUCAUGCCUACCUAGAGCUACAAGCUGGAAACCUUCAGACGUUCCCACCAAGUCCACCAAAGCAGCUACAUUCGCACACAUUACCCAAUGCAGGAAGCCAUUCGUUCGCAAAUUCUGCCAAUACGGCGCCCUCUGCGGUUGCCUAUACAAAUCAAAGGGUAGUGGACCAAUCUGUCCGAAUGGCAACGGCAUCCCAUAACGAUGAUGAAUAUGACUACGUUGUAUUACCAGAGUAGGAGGGGAUAGAGAAAUAGAAAGGUGUGAUAAG